AUGUCGCUGAUUGUUGCCGGCGCAACUGGGGCGAUUGGCCGCUGCGUUGUGCGCGAGGCGCUGCGACGGGCGGAGAUUACACGGGUCGUUGCACUAACGCGUUCCACCGCCGUCAGCGACCCCGCAGCCCUCUUCAACUUCACGGUUCUCUCGGACGCCGCUGAGGCAACCAACAACAACAACAGCAGCAGCAGUACUACCGACGCUGUGACGCCAGAGCAAUUGAGGCGCCUGAUACCAGUGACGUUCGAUUGGGAGAAGUUCUGCGGCUUCUGGACGCAGAGGGAGGCGGGUGGUGCAGCCACUGACGUGCAGUACGUGGGCGGCAGCUAUGAGAGUGCAGAGGCGUACUACCGUGAUCUCUUUGGUGGCCACGCGUACGCUGCUAUGUGCCUCGGCACCACGCGCCACGAUGCGGGGAGCGCAGCCGCGUUUGAGCACUGCGACUACGACUACGUUGUCAACUUCGCCAAGGCCGUGCGGGCGUUCAGCGGUGACACCGUCGCCACCUACGCGCAGGUGAGUGCGCAGUUGGCCGACAAGAAUUCGUGGCUUCUCUACAACAAGACAAAGGGACGCGCGGACGCAGCGGUGGAGGCGCUCCAGUUCCCACGCUGCUGCAUCUACCGCCCGGGGCUGCUCAACCGCGGCGCCAAGACCCGCACAGUCGAGAAGGUCGCGCAGUGGUUUGUGCGCGGCAUUCCCGUCGAGACGUGCGGCCGCGCCAUUCUGCGGGACAUGCUGUUCUGCAGCAAGAGAAGCAGCAGUGAUGCUGCGAUUCCACCUUGCGAGUGUGCGGGUAAGGCGGAGAGCACACCCUCGACAGGCACGCAAGUCAUAAUAUUUGCAAACAGCGCCAUCCAAAAGGAAGCUGCGGACUUGAAGUGA